AUGCUGUCAAGACCAAGCAUCCUCCAGCGCGCCUGGACAGUUGCUCUAGGGCUUAUUGUCGGGAGCACACUCGUCGUAGCUGGACCCUGUGAUCUUUACUUGGCUGGUGACACACCCUGCGUUGCUGCACACAGUACCACCCGUGCUCUAUACACUGCCUACGAUAGCUCACUUUACCAAGUGAUCCGUGGCUCAGACAACACCACGACAAUUAUUGUGCCACUGACUGCUGGAGGUGUCGCAAACGCCGCCGCCCAAGACACUUUCUGUGCCAACACAACAUGCCUCAUUACAACCAUUUACGACCAGACAGGCAAUGGCAACCAUCUCACACGGGCACCACCUGGUGGAUUCGAUGGCCCUAGUGUUGGUGGCUACGAUGAUUUGGCCAGUGCAAUUGGCGCACCUGUCACGCUCAAUGGUAACAAGGCAUACGGUGUCUUCAUGUCGCCCGGUACAGGCUACAGAAACAACGACGCUGUUGAUACCGCGUUACUCGAUAAGCCAGAGGGUAUGUACGCGGUCCUUGACGGAACCCACUACAACGAUGCCUGCUGCUAUGAUUACGGCAAUGCCGAGACCAGCAGUACCGACACCGGUGCCGGCCACAUGGAGGCUAUUUACUACGGCAACAGUACUUCUUGGGGCUAUGGCGCUGGCGACGGUCCUUGGAUCAUGGCCGAUCUCGAGAACGGCUUGUUCUCCGGCGAGAGCGCUACCUUGAACAGUGCCGACCCGUCUAUCACCUACCGCUUUGUCAGUGCGAUUGUCAAGGGUACAGCUGAUCUGUGGGCUAUCCGUGGUGGCAACGCUGCCUCUGGUGCGCUAUCGACAUACUACAGCGGUGUCCGCCCCAGCGGCUACAACCCUAUGCUUAAGGAAGGUGCCAUCAUUCUCGGUAUUGGUGGUGACAACAGCAACGGCGCCCAGGGAACUUUCUACGAAGGCGUGAUGACCAGCGGAUACCCGACCGAUACUGUCGAGAACUCUGUUCAGGCUAACAUCGUCGCUGCCAAGUACGUGACCACCUCUUUGACCAGUGGAACAGCCCUUACUGCUGGCUCCGUCAUCUCGCUGCGGGCCACCACACCUGGAUACACUACACGCUACAUUGCCCACACCGGCACUGCUGUCAACACCCAGGUGGUCACUUCUUCCAGCUCCACUACCCUCAAGGAGGAGGCUAGCUGGACGGUCGUCACCGGUCUCGGAAACUCUGCUUGUUUCUCGUUCGAGUCUGUUGAUACCCCUGGCAGCUACAUCCGCCACUACAACUUUGUCCUCUUGCUGAAUGCCAAUGAUGGUACAAAGCAAUUCCACGAGGAUGCCACUUUCUGCCCGCUAGAGGCCCUUGAGGGGGCAGGAACCCACACUGUUCGAUCUUGGAGCUACCCUACUCGUUUCUUCCGUCAUUACGACGAUGUUCUAUACGCAGCAAGCAACGGUGGUGUCGAAGUGUUUGAUACUCCCACUACAUUCAACUACGAUGCAAGCUGGGCCAUUGGCACCGCUUGGGCUUAA